AUGGGCCCCUGUACCGCCUCCUCAUGCUGCUGCCAGGCCCGUAAUCUGCCAUGGGCCCCCGUACCGACUCCUCAUGCUGCUGCCAGGCCCGUAAUCUGUCAUGGGACCCUGUACCGCCUCCUCAUGCUGCUGCCAGGUCCAGAGUGUGUCAUGGGUCCCUGUACGGCCUCCCAUUGCUGCUGUCUCCAUCGCCACACUCUGCCAUGUGCCACUUUCAGGUCUCCUCACACUGCUGGUGGGUUCCAUUUUGUCAUAGGGUGCUGUAUGGCCUCCCAUUGCUGCUGCCUCCACCGCCACACUGUGGCUCCACACUCUGGUUUUGGCCCCGUGACUGCCCAAAUGAGUGAAGUGUGCGGUGAUUCUAAGAUCGACGGCACUCAUCUGCAUGUCAUACUGACUGACAGUAUUAUUUCUCUUCCCCAGCAGACUCCAAGGGCAUUUAAAUUAAAGGUACAGUGUUCUGCACUAAUAUAA